CAUCAGCCUCACUGCAGACUCACAGGCGGCACGGUGAAGGGAGGAAGCAACGCUUCUGAAUUAAUUUUACUCCUAACUUCUUUCGUGUUUGACAGACAGACAAACAAACCGGUAAAGCUUUGAAUAACAACUACAUGUGUCAUGGAGUAUUCUGCCUAUGUUGGCCGCUGCCUGCUGUUUUUCUCUCUUGCCAUCCUCAUGGAUGUAAUAGGCCUCAUCCUGUUUUUUGUUGGGGUCGCUGCUCCCCUCAGCUUCUGGGAUUUCUUUGUCUUUUCUGGGUCAGUCCUAAUAUUCCUCAGCCUGGUGUUCUGGAUCUUCUGGUAUCUAGGAAACCUAGAGGUGCCAAUGGAAGACUUUCUCCCCAAAUGAGGUUCUUUCUUUGUUCUGCAUUUGCUGCACGAAGGAGUUUUCUAAUCAUCAGUGCUGGAAAAUGGAACCCAAGCUACAGCUACAGGGUGAAAAAGCUUGGCUUCGACUCGAUCACGCUUGUGGAUUGUGUUCUUGCUUCACCAGCCAAAAAACAUGGAACUCCGAUCUGAAAAAGGAGAAACAUGGAACCCUAAUCUGGAAAGACAUCUGUAUGCUGAGCACCUCAGACCUGGGAGCUGUUCUACAAUCUUCUGGACUUGGUGGGCUACAGACCAAGACAGUUUUGAAGAAGAGGAUCGCAUUUAGAAAAUGGAUAUAAAUGUGUUAGAACUCCUAUUUAAAGCCCUGGUACAUGGCAGUGAUCAACUCUACACCAUGGACAACUUGAAUUAUUCAAUAUCAACUGUAAUGAAGGUCAAAUAAAUGCUGUAAAUAUUAAUAUAUAAAAGAAAAUCAAUAAACAGCUGCUAUAUACUCUA